AUAAACUGGAGGCACGACCGUGACAAUUCGUCAGUUCCAUCACCAUGAAAGCCGCACUGUGCCUUCUGCUUGCCCUCGCGGGCUCUGCCCUCGCCUACAAAUCCUACUCUGGAUACCAAGUGCUGCAGACCAAAGUUCUCAGCCAUGAGGAGACUGCUCGCCUGGCGCCCUUGAUGAACAGGCCCGAGUUUUACUUCACCAUCAACCCCGCACCUGGACGCGCCGCUUCCAUCAUGGUCUCGCCCGAAAACUUUGCCCUCGCCAGCACCACCCUCAACAGGAUGCGCCUGAGCCCCAAGGUCAUCGUUGAAGACGUUGGAGUUAUUGUUGAGAGCGAAAGGAGCGAGCUGCAGCAGCUGCGUGUUGCCGAGAAGAAGGAAGGUCGCGCCCCCGCCCUGGACAGGUUCCUCACCUUCGAAGAGGUCGAAGCUUACGUGAACGAGGUGGCCGCCGCUUUCCCGUCUCUCGUGACCGUGGAGAACAUCGGCUCGUCGACCGAGGGCCGCACCCUGUGGGUGGUCAAGCUGUCCAACGGCGCCGGCAAGAAGGGCAUCUUCGUCGAGUCUGGCAUCCACGGACGCGAGUGGCUCGGAGUGCCGGCCGCGCUCAACGCCCUGAACGAGCUGACCGAGAACCUGGCGGCCAACCAGGCCCUGCUCGACGCCAACGACUGGUACUUCCUGCUGGUGGCCAACCCUGACGGCUACUCGUUCUCGUUCACCGACGACCGCUUCUGGAGGAAGACCCGCAGCCCCAACGCCGGCUCCACCUGCCUCGGCACCGACCCCAACAGGAACUUUGACAUCAGCUGGGGCACCGAGGGCACCACCGACGCCUGCUCCGACACCUUCGCGGGCGCCGCUGCCUACUCCGAGCCCGAGAGCAAGGCCCUCGCCGACUUCCUCGCCGCCACCCCCAACCUCGCCGCCUUCAUCACCUUCCACAGCUUCGGAGGCUUCCUGACCUACCCAUACGGAUACACCACUGACCUUCCGGCCAACGCCCAACAAUUGGACGACAUUGCCCAGGCCGCCAACUCCGCCAUCCAGGCCGUCAACGGAUUCCAAUACACCGUUGGACCAUUCGCCAGCACUGUUUACUUCUCGUACGGAGCGAGCCGCGACUACGCUUACGACACCGUCGGCAUUCCUCUCGUCUUCCAGUUUGAGCUUCCCGGCGGUGGUCCCAAUGGAUUCGAUCCUCCUGCAUCACUGAUCGCUCCCACCGUUGCUGAGGUCUGGGAGGGCGUCAAGGUCAUCGCAGCCAGCGCUUAAUUUGUGCAUCCAAUAGAUUUGAAAAUGAGAUUAAUAAAGUAAUUUCUAAUGAAAGAUUAAAAAAUUUAU